AUGAGGUGGCUGCUCUCCGGCGGGCUUUUCGCCCUCUUAGCAACGACGGCAACUGCUUGGCCAUACGACGAACAAUGGGUAGACUAUAACCUCAACACAAAUAAGAAUGCGCAGCAUCCGGGAGAAUAUACGGCAACACCGCGUUCAAGUUUCCAUCCGUCUCCGGACAACUGGCGAUUCCCAUUCUAUACCCUUUUCUUGGAUCGCUUCGUCAACGGUGACCCUAGCAAUGAUAACAUCAACGGCACCCUUUUCGAGCACGAUCUGUCUUCGACUCAAAUGCGCCACGGUGGUGAUGUGGCUGGUUUGGUUGAUACUUUGGACUACUUGAAGGGCAUGGGCAUCAAGGGUAUCUAUAUUGCAGGAACCUCGUUCAUGAACCAGCCUUGGGGUUUCGACGGAUAUUCGUGUCUUGAUACCACCCUGCUCGACAGACAUUAUGCCACCAUUAAAGAAUGGCAGAAUGCGAUUGAUGAAAUCCACAAGCGGGACAUGUAUGUCAUGUUCGACAACACGAUCGCCACGAUGGGUGAUUUGAUCGGAUUCGAAGGCUAUCUGAACUCGACCACCCCCUUUUCGGUUAAGGAACAUCAAACCCAGUGGAAGACCUCGCGUCGCUACGUGGACUUUGACAUUGGCAAUACAUACAACGACACUUGUGAUUAUCCCCGUUUCUGGUACGAAGACGGUUACCCGGUGAAUGCGACUCAAAUCGAGGGCCUCGUUGGCUGCUACGAUAGCGACUUCGAUCAAUACGGUGACAUUGAAGCCUUCGGUGUGUUCCCAGAUUGGCAACGUCAGUUGGCCAAGUUCGCAUCCGUCCAGGACCGUCUUCGCGAAUGGGUUCCCUCCGUGCGGCAAAGGUUGAUUCAGCACUCCUGCAUGGUCAUUCAAACUCUAGACAUCGAUGCUUUCCGAUACGACAAGGCGACUCAGGCCACGGUUGACGCACUCGGAGACAUGUCUUCAGAAUAUCGUGAAUGCGCGCGGGCGGUCGGAAAGAAAAACUUCUUCAUCUCUGGCGAAAUUACCGGUGGUAAUACCUUUGGUUCCGUGUAUCUCGGACGAGGUCGCCAACCCAACCAGGGACCAGGGUACAGAAAUCCAAAUGAUAUGAACAAAGCUUUCAACGAGGCCGUUCAGUUGACGGGUGCAUCCGAGGCUCAGAACUUCCUUCGCGAGGCUGGUCAGGAGGCGAUCGACGGCGCUGCCUUUCACUACUCCACCUACCGUGGUUUGACUCGAUUCCUCGGCAUGGACGGUCAACUGAAGGCCGGCUACGAUGUGCACGUCAAUUGGGCUGAGGCGUGGCGGGAGAUGGUGGUCACCAACGACUUGGUCAAUGCCGACACCGGUGUCUUCGACCCUCGCCACAUGUACGGCGCUACCAACCAGGAUGUGUUCCGUUGGCCAGCCAUUCAAUGGGGACUGGAAAGACAGAUGCUCGGACUCUUCGUGACCACUUUGGUGAUGCCGGGUAUUCCGCUUCUCCUCUGGGGUGAAGAGCAAGCGUUUUACGCGUUGGAUGCGACUGCAUCCAACUAUAUCUAUGGCCGUCAGGCCAUGUCGGCCGCGACCGCCUGGCACACUCAUGGUUGCUUCUCGCUUCAAUCCUCCCAGUACUACCAUUGGCCUUUGAUGAACGCUUUGAACGGCUGCAGAGAUAGCAAUCUCACCCAGGACCACCGAGAUCCAGCUCAUCCGGCGCGCAACACGAUCAAACACAUGUACCAGAUGCGAGAGAAUUUCCCGGUCCUCAACGAUGGCUAUGUUCUGAAACCGUUGUCCAACAAGACAGAACAGAUCUUCUACCCUGGUUCUAACGGAACCGAGACGGAGACCGGAAUCUGGUCCGUUGCGCGCCUCCGCUGGACUGACGGAAAGAACCCGCAGGAUUUCGGCAGCGAUCAACUCAACACUCCCGUCUGGCUGGUUUACCACAAUGCCAAUGCCACCACGACGUACAAGUUUGAUUGUAACUCCGAAAAAGAUGCCCUGAUUUCUCCUUUCGACUCGGGAACCGAGGUGGUGAAUCUCUUCUACCCGUACGACAAGGUCACUUUGGUGGACGGACCGGUCACAAAUUCCAAUAGCUCAGCCAAGGCUGGUUGCUACCCUGAAUGGAAAUUGCAGCGAUACGGAUUUGGGGCAUAUGUGCCAACAAAGUACUACAAGGCUCCUCAACCAUCCAUCACCCACUUUACACCCGGUCACGACGUCCCUCUGCUCUCAACCGUCAAGGCGAACGAGACCGAGACGGUGCACAUCAAGUUCUAUUUCACGGAAUCGAUGUCGUGUAAAUCAAUCACCGAAAGCAUCUCAGUCGUCUCGUCCGUCGAAAAGCUAAAUGCCUUGCCCUCCAUCGACCCCGGUUCCGUCAACUGCCCUACCGAGUUCGAACAACCGUACCAACUGAAUUUCACCGGCCAGCUGCCAAGCAGGUUCGUUUGGGAAGCCAAUCUCGUGAAUGUCCACAACGGCAUCCACAGAUUGACGGUGAACAAUGCCUCCAACGAGGCAGGCGAUCGCUUUACGGAUGCAGUGGAUAAUUUCUUGCUUCGUAUUGGCCAAGACGACAACCCAAUGGUCUUUUUCACCGCGAACUACUCGAGCAGUUUGCUGCAUCAGCAUGAGGGCAAUGACACCCUGUUCAUCCAGCACCAUGCUGCUGGUGCAGAUAAGUGGCGUUAUUCGACCAAUUGGGGAUCCUCUUUCUCAAAAUGGAUGAACUACAACGGUGGUGGUAACGUCACGAUUGAGCGGUCAGAAUGGAAUGGCACCAAGCUGCAAGAGUGGCCUGGUGACCAUGUUCGUGUCGAAUAUUGGAACCGUUGGACCGGAAGCAGUGACUACGUGCAAGAGGGUGAUGUCAACUGGAUCAACCAGGAGAACACAGAUCGUCCUCGGGAGCGUCGCUUCCCCCAUGUCUUCUGGAACGGUCCUUACAACCAAUUCGGAUACGAUGCGGGCCUUGACAACAAGGUUCACCUGGAUACCGACGACGGGCUUUGGAAGUAUCAUUUCACAUCAGAAUGGCCCGCAGUUGGACAGUUCAACAUCUGGGGCGUCAACCCCGAUGGUACACCUUCUCAAAGUUGGGUUCUUGGCGACAUGGACAACGACAGCGUGCUGGAUCGCAUGCCUCCCUCUUCUCUUUCAAGCACAUUGCUCAAUAUCACCAAGCCCCCGCCAUCGCCUUAUGUCUCGUGGCGGCUGGAGAUUGCUGAUGGCACUCUCCGCGUUCAUCUCUCUCCCGUUGGACACAGGAUCUACCAGAUUGUCAUGUUCAUCCUCUUCUGGAUUGUUCCGGCUUUGACUGGUGCCGCUUGUGUUUAUAUUUUCAUGGUCUCCUUCUACAAGGUCAAAUUCAACGAGGUGGGUGUGAGUGAGAAGACCAGCCUUUCUCCGCUUGUCUUCCUGAAGAAGCUCAAGGGAGGUCGUUCACCCAACCCAUCCGCCAAUCCUCUGAUGCGUGUGGCCAACAAAGCUGGUUUUAUGCAAAGCACCACCAAUCUGGGCAGUCUAGGUGCCACUGGCAAGCGCCGCAUGGUCUUGAUCGCAACCAUGGAGUACGAUAUUGAGGACUGGGCCAUUAAGAUUAAGAUUGGUGGUUUGGGUGUCAUGGCUCAGCUCAUGGGCAAGACCCUGGGCCACCAAGAUCUGAUUUGGGUUGUUCCUUGCGUCGGGGGUAUUGACUACCCUGUCGACGAGGUGGCAGAUCCCAUGGAGGUGACCAUUCUUGGUAGCACUUUCCAGGUCCAAGUCCAGUACCAUCGCCUCAACAACAUCACUUACGUCCUUCUUGAUGCACCGGUCUUCCGUCAGCAGUCAAAGAACGAACCUUACCCUGCUCGCAUGGACGACCUGGACAGUGCUGUGUACUACUCUGCAUGGAACCAAUGUAUCGCCGAGGCUAUCAAGCGUUUCCCGAUUGAUCUCUAUCACAUCAACGAUUACCACGGAUCUCUCGCGCCCCUCUACCUUCUCCCGCAGACUAUCCCCGCUUGCUUGUCUCUUCACAAUGCUGAGUUCCAAGGUCUUUGGCCAAUGCGUACUCAGAAGGAGCGACAAGAGGUGUGCUCGGUCUUCAAUCUGGAUGAGGAGACGGCUCGCAAGUACGUCCAGUUCGGUGAAGUGUUCAACUUGCUCCACGCCGGUGCCAGUUACCUCCGAGUUAAUCAGCAAGGAUUUGGUGCUGUCGGUGUCUCGAAGAAGUAUGGUAAACGUUCAUACGCUCGUUACCCCAUUUUCUGGGGACUACGUAAGGUCGGCAACCUGCCUAACCCGGAUCCCUCUGAUAUCGGCGAAUGGACCAAACAACCGAACCCCGAGGCCAAGGUUGAUCCCGACUUUGAGGCUGGCCGUGCCGAGCUGAAGCGUCAGGCUCAGGAGUGGGCCGGACUUGAACAGAACCCGGACGCUGAUCUUCUUGUCUUCGUCGGUCGUUGGUCCAUGCAGAAGGGUGUUGAUUUGAUUGCCGAUGCUAUGCCUGCUGUCCUCGAAGCUCGUCCCAAUGUUCAAUUGAUCUGUGUCGGUCCUGUAAUCGAUCUUUACGGAAAGUUCGCCGCGCUCAAGCUCAGCCGUUGUAUGGAAAUUUACCCUGGCCGUGUCUUCUCGAAGCCCGAAUUCACUGCUCUGCCGCCUUUCAUCUUCUCUGGAGCCGAAUUCGCCCUGAUCCCGUCCCGUGACGAGCCCUUCGGUCUGGUCGCUGUCGAGUUCGGUCGUAAGGGUGCCCUGGGUAUUGGAGCUCGUGUCGGUGGUUUGGGUCAGAUGCCCGGCUGGUGGUACAAUGUGGAAUCGACCUCGACCUCUCACUUGCUGAUGCAAUUCAAGCUCGCCAUUGACGCUGCGCUCAACUCGAAGACCAAGACUCGUGCCAUGAUGCGUGCUCGAUCCGCCAAGCAGCGUUUCCCCGUCGCUCAGUGGGUGGAGGACCUUGAGAUUCUGCAGACCACCGCCAUCACUGUCCAUGAGAAGGAAGUUUCCAAGGGUCAUGGACGUCCCAUGACUGCUUCAGGUACCAGUACCCCCAACGGACCGGUGCGAACCAUUGGCAUGGGCGUGCCUCCUAUGAGUCCGCUUGCACCCCCCGGCAUGCAUUCUGGUCUCCCCCACUCUCGAGACAGCAGCUACUCCAGCUUCAGUCAGUUCAACGACCUUGGCUCGCCCCGUAUUUACAGCCGAGAUGCCAAUGCCUCUGAAACCGAGUUGCCCAAGUCUGGUCUGAGUCGAUCGCUCUCGCUUGGUGUCCGCUCCGGACCUGGCCAUCGUGCUCGCGCCCGUCGUCAUGGACAGACCGAGAGCGACAUUCCCGAGUCUGGGGACAGCAGUCCGGAAGAAUCCGAUGACGACGAAUCCCGUGCCCACAGCGUUUACGGCGAAGAUGAGUAUACGCUGACCCCUGCCCAGCUCGAGGAGAGCCGUCGCGCCCAAGCCGCCUCCAAGGAAGUUGUCUCCUACUCCUCCCCUCUGUCAUCCCCCCGGCGUCGUCCGAGUGACGAAUCUCUGCGUCCUCAGUUCGUUCAUACCCCGGCUAGCCCCGGUACCCCCCCUCCUACGGACUCGCUGCUUCUUCCUCCCCGACCAUUCGGCGACAGCCACCGGUACAGUAACGCCUCCGUUCUGUCCCUGGAUUCCGUUGUCGGUGGCAAGAAGGACUUCAAGCUGCAGAAGGUGGAUCCCUUCUUCACCGACGGCACUGGCGAGUACUACCAUAACUUUGAGCAGAAACUGCAGGCUCUCAAUGGCUCCAACUCCGAGACCCAGCUCUGCAUCGAGGAGUUCCUCGUCAAGAGUGAACAAGAAUGGUUUGACCGAUUCCGCGACGCCAAGCUGGGACGCUUCAAGUCUCCCACGCCUUCGAUCUAUCGCGCAAAGCACAACGCAUCGCCGGCCGGUGAGUCAUUCAAUGACGCCCUUUCUCAUAUCGCUCUAAGUGACGAGCGUGAUUCCGAAGAUGACGAGUUCUUGCUUGGCAAGGACUACGUUCCCCCGACAGGCCUCAAGAAGUGGAUGCAGAUCAAGAUUGGAGACUGGCCGGUGUAUUCGCUCUUCCUCGCGCUGGGUCAGAUCAUCGCUGCCAACUCCUACCAGAUCACCCUUCUGACCGGCGAGGUGGGUCAAACGGCGGAGAAGCUGUAUGGUAUCGCGACCACCUACGCCCUCACCUCGAUCUGCUGGUGGCUCGUGUUCCGAUACUUCAAAUCCGUUGUCUGCCUUUCUGUCCCUUGGUUCCUGUAUGGUCUCGCCUUCCUGUUGAUCGGUUCCGCCCACUUCGUGUCGGGUGAGCUGAGCCGUGCCUGGGUUCAGAAUGUUGGCAGUGGAUGUUACGCCGCGGCCUCGUCCAGUGGCUCCAUCUUCUUUGCGUCCAACUUUGGUGACGAAGGUGGUGCUCCCGUGGAGACCUGGAUUUUCCGCGCCUGUGUGAUUCAGGGUAUUCAGCAAGCCUAUGUGAUUGCCCUCUGGUACUGGGGUUCGACGCUCAGCAAAGCCUCGAGUGCGGGUCUCCUGACCGAUGACAACAUUCUCGCCAACACCUGGAAGAUGUCGGCCAUCUGUUAUCCGAUUACCGUUCUCCUUUGGGGUAUUGGUGUCCUUUUGAUCUUCGGUCUGCCCAACUACUACCGCCAGAAGCCCGGCAAGGUUCCCUCCUUCUACAAGUCUCUCCUUCGUCGAAAGAUCGUCCUGUGGAACUUUGUGGCUGUGAUCCUCCAGAACUUCUUCCUCAGUGCCCCCUACGGUCGUAAUUGGAGCUUCCUGUGGAACUCGAUUCACACCCACGCAUGGCAAAUUGUCAUCCUGUGUAUCGUCUUCUUCGGUUUUGUGUGGUGCAUCUUCCUGUUCAUCAUCAGCCGAUACUCCAAGACGCACAGCUGGUUCCUUCCCGUGUUCGCCUGUGGUCUGGGUGCACCUCGAUUCAUCCAGAUCUGGUGGGCCAUCUCCGGUGUUGGCUACUACCUUCCCUGGGUGGGCGGUUACACUAGCGGUGCUCUUGCCUCUCGCAGUCUCUGGCUGUGGCUGGGUGUCCUGGACUCGAUCCAGGGUCUGGGUAUCGGUGUCAUUCUGCUUCAGACCUUGACCCGUGUGCACAUGCUGUUUGCCCUGAUUGCCUCGCAGGUCCUCGGUUCCAUUGCGACCAUCUGCGCUCGUGCAUUCGGUCCCAAUGCCACCGGCCCCGGACCCAUCUCUCCCGAUGUGACCACUGGUGCAUCCUCUCUUGCGAACGCCUGGUUCUGGGUUGCGCUGUUCUGUCAAUUGCUGAUCCCUGCCGGCUUCUUGCUCUUCUUCCGUAAGGAGCAACUGUCCAAGCCCUAA